AUGGGAGAUAGUGAUGACGACGAUAAAAUACAGGUUAUCGUGUAUGGAAAUUCUACCGAGGCCAACUUCGAUGAUUUUUAUAGGGAAGAAAUCAAAAAGGAAGGAAAUGAAAAUAUAGCAAAUCUAGAUGGCACUGAUUACCCCCCAAAUGAAAUUGAGAACAUCGAACAAGAAGUUGAUAUGGAAAUUCAAGUACAAAAAGCAACAAAAGAAAAUAAAGUUUUUAUGAAGUAUGAUUAUACUAAAGAAAAACCAUGGAUACACCAUCAAGAUAAAAGCAUAUGGUUCAAUUACAAUUUUAAUGAACAAACUUUUAAAGAAUGGGUGCAAAAACAUAUAGAUAAAAGACUAGAAAAACAGAAAAAUUAUAAAAUAGAAACUUAUGAUAAUAUUUAUGAUGAUAAUAAUUUUAAAACAAAUAUUGACAAUCAAUUAUUAUAUGAACAAGACAUAAAAAAUCGUAAUUUAAAAAAUACACAUUUUACAAAUAAUAGCGUAAAAAAUAGCGACACUAAUUUUGAAUAUAUAAAUCAUAACAAAAAUAAUAUUAACAAUAAUUUUAAUAAAUAUAACAAUCAAAAAAAUAUACCUAAUAAUAAUAAUAUACUGCGAGCGAAAGAAAAAAACCAUCGCACUAAUGGUAAUGUCUUAAAUUAUGAACAAAAUUCUGUACAUCAGCUAGCCAAUAAACCAAACAUUUCUACUAAUAAUAACCGAAACCCCAAUAUUGAAAAAGGUCAAAUUCAAAAAGAGGAUGAUAAUUUCGAAUCAAAACAACAGGACUUAUCCCAGUUUCAGCAGUUCAUUAAUUUUUUCAAGCAAAACCAGGAAUUAUAG